GUGGCUCUGGCGCUCCACAUCCUCCAUCUGCAGCAGCAGGGGCUGGUGGCACAGGCCCCUGCCCAGACCCUUCCCUCAAACCCAUGUUUCGGUCCUAACCCGGCUGCCCUCCCCGUCGGGGGCCAUUUCUCAGUGCCCCUUGCCCGACCCUUCCAACUCGGGCGCCAUGAAUGACCAGUAUCACCGGGCCGCCAGGGAUGGCUACCUGGAACUCCUCAAAGAGGCCACCCGGAAGGAGCUGAAUGCCCCCGACGAAGAUGGCAUGACCCCCACCCUCUGGGCUGCCUACCAUGGCAACCUGGAGUCGCUGCGUCUCAUUGUGAGCCGAGGGGGUGAUCCGGAUAAGUGUGACAUCUGGGGAAACACACCCUUGCAUCUGGCAGCUUCCAAUGGCCACCUGCACUGCCUGUCCUUCCUCGUGUCCUUCGGGGCCAACAUCUGGUGCCUGGACAAUGACUACCACACGCCACUGGACAUGGCCGCUAUGAAGGGCCACAUGGAGUGCGUGCGCUAUCUGGACUCCAUCGCAGCCAAGCAGAGCAGCCUCAACCCCAAGCUGGUGGGCAAGCUGAAGGACAAGGCCUUCCGCGAGGCAGAGCGGCGCAUCCGCGAGUGCGCCAAGAUGCAGCGCAAGCACCAUGAGCGCAUGGAGCGGCGCUACCGGCGAGAGCUGGCCGAGCGCUCCGACACGCUCAGCUUCUCCAGUCUCACGUCCAGCACCCUGAGCCGCCGGCUGCAGCACCUGACGCUGGGCAGCCAGCUGCCCUACUCGCAGGCCACACUGCACGGCACGGCCAAGGGCAAGGCCAAGAUCCAGAAGAAGCUGGAGAGGCGCAAGCAGGGGGGCGAGGGCACUUUCAAGGUCUCCGAGGACGGGCGCAAAAGCGUCCGGUCGCUCUCGGGCCUGCAGCUAGGAAGCGAUGUGAUGUUUGUGCGCCAGGGCACCUACGCCAACCCCAAAGAGUGGGGCCGUGCCCCACUCAGGGACAUGUUCCUCUCGGAUGAGGACAGCGUCUCUCGUGCCACACUGGCUGCCGAGCCUGCCCACUCGGAGGUCAGCACCGACUCAGGCCAUGACUCCUUGUUUACUCGCCCCGGUCUGGGUACGAUGGUAUUUCGAAGGAACUAUCUGAGCAGCGGGUUGCACGGGCUGGGCCGCGAGGAUGGGGGCUUGGAUGGGGCCGGGACGCCGCGAGGUCGGCUGCAGAGUUCCCCCAGCCUGGAUGAUGACAGCCUGGGCAGUGCCAACAGCUUGCAGGACCGCAGUUGCGGGGAGGAGUUACCCUGGGAUGAGCUAGACCUGGGCUUGGAUGAGGACUUGGAGCCUGAGACCAGCCCCUUGGAGACCUUCCUGGCUUCCUUGUAUUUGGAGGACUUUGCCUCGCUCCUGCGGCAGGAGAAGAUUGACUUGGAGGCCCUGAUGCUGUGCUCAGACCUUGACCUCCGCAGCAUCAGCGUGCCCCUGGGGCCUCGGAAGAAGAUUCUGGGGGCCGUGAGGAGGCGCAGGCAGGCUCUGGAGCGCCCACCGGCCCUGGAGGACACAGAGCUGUGA